AUGGGCACACCCGAGCCCCCCGAGAAGGGGAUCGUGCUGAAGGGCUGGGAAAAGCUGGACGACGACGUCAUCAUCAAGGAGGUUUCCACCAAGGGAAAACACGUCAAUCUCUGCAUCCAGUUUCUGGCCGACCGGAACGAGCUGUCGACCCGGGAAGCCAAGAACUAUUUCCUCCAAAAGGUUAACGCGUACGUCUAUCGAUUGCUCGCGAACCGACAGCUCUUCAAGGCGCACCACAUCCUAACGAACAUCGAUCGCGUCCCGAAGUACGUGUUCUAUCAGAUCGCCACCGAAACAACCGAUCGCGGACUGCGGGAGUACAUCCAGCAGCAUCUGGCCCGAACGAUCGACAACUACGAGCAGGGCGAAAAGGAACGGAUUGGCGCCUACUGGCGGGUUUACACCCAGCUAAAGGCGAACGUGCGCCAAAUGGCGGACGUGCUGAACGAAGUGGCCAGCGGCUACAGUGUGCUCGAGAUCGAGACGAUGUCAUUCAACACCUUCUGCAUGAAGGAGGAUCUCUAUCGCAACACGGUGGCCGUGGAUUUGUUCUUCAAAAAUCAAGAGUCCGAAAUUUCACCCAUCCUCGAUCGCUACACCGUGUGGAGCUACCUGCUGAAGAACAACAUCUCCAAUCUGGUGAAGAUAUGGAUCCAACUAAACAGCUGCUUGCGCCACUGUGUCCACAACGGGGUCGAUCCCACGUCGCACCUUCUGCGCAUCAAAAUCGACAUCUACGACGAUCCGCGUUUCAACGAGCGGCUCCGGCAGCUGUUUCAGCGCUGGGAGAUCGACGACUUCAUGCUGUCGCAGCUUUCGCACCAUCGCACGCUGGCGAGGAGUGAAAUUCUGCUCAACGAACUGGCGCGCUUGGGGAAGUUUCUCGACCACGAGCGUACGGAUGCGACCGCCAUCUUGAGGCGUCUGUUUACGACCGAAACUUACGGCCGCAGUCCCGGCUGGACGGAGGAACGGUGGUUUCGCGAGCAAAUCACACGCCGCAUGGUGGACAAUCAGUUUUUCACGCUGCUCGGGUUGCCGAUCGUCAGUCGUGAGGCAUUACAAAAGCUAGUGGCUGCCGAAGAGACACCAUCCGGUGACGGUGCCGGUUCUCGGCAGCCCCGGGAGGAAGUGAAGUUGUUCCUGGAACUUCAAAAGCUGAAUCAAGAUACACCGAUUGGGGCCAGCGAGCUGUUGGGCGUAUCGCGAACCUGUUCGCGCUAUAUACUGCACCACAAUCGGAACUUCUACGAAGAGAAUCCAAUCGUCGCGUUGUUUGAGUACGGACUCGAUGAACAAAAUACCUGCUUCCCGGACGAUCCGGGCGAUCCGCUGCUAAGUAGACUGCCCCAUUUACGCUCCUUUGUGCGCCGUUAUCAAAUUCCCACCGAACCGACGGCAAGAAACUCCGCGCUCGAGGAGGCCACCGGAAAGCUGCUGGAGAUCGCUGGCAUACCGGGGCCUCAGACGAUUCGGACGCAUCUUUUCAGCACCUCAGGCGAGGAUGAGGAUGAACGCGCGGUGCGUUCGGAGCUGCUGCAGCAGUACGGAUCGAUUCCACACUUUAACCAUCCGCUGCUGAUCGAAAAGUACGGUCAACCGGUCCGGCUACGCUACCUACACUACAUCCGGCUGCAGCGAGCCUGCUAUGCGGUGUACGAAUUCUACCGAGAGCAGCUGCGAAACUACUCGCAGAUCUCCACCCGACAGAUCAACAGUGCGGCCCAAACCGUGGCCCAGCUUGCGAUCGAGCGGUACUGGGACCAAUCGCUCGUCGCGCACGCCAUAGCCUUCAUGGAGAUGAUCGGUGUGAGCAGUGUUCCGACGCGCGCCUAUCUACGCUGCCUUACCCUGGUCCAUCAGAAUCGAGACGAUCAACCGAUGGCCAGACGGACGCUUUCAAUCGCCGAGUUGUUGCUACGCUGUGAGCUUGCGAUCGCCCGCAAAUCUCUGGACGAUCCCGAGUUGCUGAUCGAUCUGGAAGCGAUGACGGUGAUCGCGAAGGCCAACGGAUUGCCGUUUCCCGAACGAUACCUUCGCGAACGUUUGCUAGCGGCCAACGAUUGGUUUCGCUUUCUGCUGCUGGUGGACUAUCUGGGCUAUCCGCCGCAGCAAGUACUCGACCUGUGCCGGACGGGAUUCGGUGAUGGAAAGAUUGGGCUAAAUCUGAUGACUGCGCUUCUUCACCAACCAAAGAUCGACCGUGAGGUGCCCGUUAGGCGACGUUCCAGUUUAACGCCACGGCGAAGGCGCAGGGGAAGCAGUACAACGGCCGAAUCCAGCGGACACUCGAGCGUGUCCAGUGAAGGGGAUGCCAUUUCGAAUCGUAGCGCUACCGGCUUGGUCUCCAGCACUGCCAGCACCACCCAGCCGACUCCACUGACCUCGGUGUCCCUGAGUUCGUACACGAGCACUACGUACGACGGUGCGUGCUUUCUAUCGGAGCGUUACGAUACCGAUCUCGUGUCGACGGUUCUGCUCUGCUCGAACGAAGCGAACCCGUACGCGGCAUCCGCCGCCGCGACUCCCCAUCCGUUCGAGUUCGCGCCGUUCAUCCGUCUCAUGCGGACCGCCACCGAAUCUCUGCAAGUGCCACGUUAUCCACACACCUACCAGAAUCUACUCGAUCGAGCCAUUCGUUCCCGCUGGCCCCUUCUUGCCCUGCUUGCCGGCGAGGUGUGUCCUCGGGAUAGCGAAGCCCUGCGCUACUGUUGGAUUGUUUGGGUGACGCUGGCUGGAGAGUAUCCAUUCCGGGACCGGCUCCCAUCCGACCCGGCCACUGCAGACGAGUGUGAUGAACGUACGUUUGUGUGCGAUUUGGUCGAGUACUUGGUGCGUACGGAUCACAUCUGCACACUGGCCAGCUCACUGGCCGUGUUCUACCGCGGCACGAACUGGGACCACCUGGCUUCGUACCUUUCGCUCACCCGCGACGUACUGUUCGAUGGCGACCGUGCUGUCCAGCUGUUGACUAGCUUUCUGGCCAGCACCACCGGUGACGAGUGUUUUCUGCUGCGUCAACCAAAGUACGAAAUGUUUAACUUUUGCGCACGGUUGCUGACCCUGCACCUGUGCAAUCGAUCGUCGGUGCACCAUCAGCAGCUGUUGCUGCGAUCGUACAUUCGCAGCGAUAUCCGGUGCUUCCUCACGACGGCGAUCGACUUCGAGCGGAUGCUGCGGGUGUGCGAAAUCGUUCGGAACUGUGAUGUGGCCAGCGAUGUUUUGCGCUUUUUCGAGCGUGCCGCUGAUGUGCGAACGCAGGAGUACGAAAGUGGCCUUUACGAAGCUCUCUGUGAGCGGCUGGUGGCACGCAAAUGUCACGAAGCAGCCAUUGCCGUUGCCGUGGAGGCCGGCUUGCCGAAGGAGAGUAUCAUAUUCGAACACUGGGUGAGCUUCUUCGAGUCAACCGGAACGCUCGGUGAGUUCGAGCGCUAUCGAGCGGACAGCGAGCGGUUCGGGUUGGGACCGGAGCUGCGCAUUAACUUCUUCACUCACAUCGCCAACCGACUCGAGUACGGUGAUCCGGCACGGUACGAAGUGCUCCGGUGGGCGCUCGUGCUGAUCCGCGAACAUGGUCUGUAUCCGAGCGAAAGUUUUGAUCGCGAUCGAGUGGAGUACGAGCUGGCGCUUAGUUAUGUGCGCUGCAGUGAGGCCACGGCACAGUCUCUCACUCUGUACUGCUCCGCGUACUGGACCAGCAGCCGACUGCAGCGAUCGGUGCAACAGCCGGUGUUGUACCACACGUUUCUCGAGCUGAAAGAAGUGGCCGGCAUCGAUGAUUUGACCCUGGCGAACGUACCGCUCGUGCAACCGGACGAGAAACGACGGCUCGAUGCACUGAUCAACCGGCUGCUGGACUGUGGGGACAUUGUGCAGGCCCUUCGCUAUCAGGCGAUCUUCGAGCAGCGACCGAUCGAUCUGCACUUUAUCGUGUUCUGUAUGGCGCUUGCCGAAGGGCUGGUCAGCCUGUAUAACCUGUCGAAGGAGGAACGGAUGUUGCUGAAUGAGGACAGUGCCCGGACGGCGGGUAAGUUUCAGCGACGAACGCUCCGCAUCAGUCGCGUCAGUCAGAGUUCGACCACGGGUCGGAACGAUAGUUCCCCGAUGAAAAGUGCUGCCGGUAUGGGGCAGUUGAACUCGUCCGAUACGAGCAAUGCGGCCGCAUCCGACUUCGAGGAACUGCCUUCCCGCGACCGACAAGACAUCUUCGAAGCCAUCAGUGGUCUCGGUAAUCGCAUCACACACGGACAGGAUCUCGCGCAGCGCGUUGUGCUGACGUACCGCGCAGCAAUGUACCUCGAUCGCGAGUACAACGAGUUGCUAAAGCUGCGCGAUCCGCUCGCCUUUCUUCCGGAGAUCGUGCACGAAGACUGUAGCCACAAGCUGGAGGUGAUCAGUGACAUUGUCACCGCAACCCGUAUGAGUGUGGAAAGUUUUACCGAUUUUCUUGCUGCCGAAAUCGUGAGCACGGUGGUGCGUUCGAAGUUUUACCUCUUCCAGCAACACGGGCAACCAAACGCUGCGUCGACGUGCGAUGAGCUCCUUUGGGGUUACAAUAUCGAUCGUGAGUUUCAUCUAUUUCUUGAGCUCGCCCCAAACACGACGGCACUGGGGAACGUACUGUUGCGCUACUGCGAGACCCUUCGAUUGUACCGGAAGUGGGAACGGCAGGAUACGGGCGACGGAAACGUACAAGAUGCACUGGAAUCGCUCGAAUCCGUUCCUUCCAGCACGGAUGGCGGGGGGACGAAUUUGAUCGAGCGACUCGAUCGCAUCCUUCAGCAACGGGUCCUGUCGCUCAAGAAGCAAAACACGAUCAUCGUAGCGUUGCUAGUGAAAGCGCACGAUUGCUUCGUGCACGAGUGCUCAAUGGAGGGCAUUAUGGAGGUGCUGACAUGCUGCAAGUCCCUGACGCUGGCGCUUACGGCCGCCCAAUCCUGGAACCUGAUCGUGCGUCUACUCGUCGGAAUCGGACGGUACCGGGACAUGUGUUACUGCUUCGAGACGCUCAUCAAACACGAACAGUUUGAAUCGUUGCUCGGCCAGUUCGACGAUCGGGGUGCCAGCGGGCGCCUUCAGACGGCCAUCAUGGCGUACCUCAACGAACACUGUCCCGAGCGGAAAGAUUACUUCCGCCUAGCGGCACUCCACUUUCGAAUGUACAAAGAGAUCGCCGAGAUGUGGGAAGCGGAAGCACGGGCCACGAUCGAUGCCGUGCUUGCGACGUACGAGCAGCGCCAGUUGGUGGUGCGCAAGGAAACGACGGUCUGUCUGCAGCGACUGCUAACCACGGCGCUCGUUCUGGCGGAGCUUACCACCGCGAUGGAUGCCUUCACGCACGCCACGGAGAACUAUCUGCUGGACAACAAUCUGACACUCGCCCAGCGCGCCGCGUCCAAUGCCGAGCUGCUUGCGCUACAGAUUUUCUUCGUGCGUCAAGUCCUCAAUACCGAACAACGGGCGGCUGCUGGUGGUGGUCCGACGAAUAGCUCGGCAUGCAGCUCGAACGCCACUAGCCCUAGCCGUGGGAGUAGCAGCUCCGCUGGGCCGAGUGGCUCCGUGGGGGGCGGUUCGCAGGACAACGGUGCGACGUGCCUUUCGGUGCUGAACAUUCGCUCGAUGGAUGAAAGUGGUGCCACCAGUGCGCAUGUCGCUUCCGGAACGCUUCUCUACUACAUCAACUUCCUGCUGACCGUGCCGCAAGCGUUGAUCGUCGGCCGUGCGUACGGAGUGGAAAUCAAUUGGGCCGGAGCGAUCUAUCAGCACUACGUGAUCGACGGACAGUCCGCUUACGUGGAGGACUAUCUCGAGCGUCUGUCACUGACGGAUCCAAUGAUCGAAACGCUUGUGAAGAUGUUUCAACUCGAACCACAAAUUACGCCCACCAUGGAGCAGGCUAUCGGGACGUUCAUCGAACGGAUUCAGUCCGUCACGCUCAAGUACCGGUUGGCGUCGUUGCUCGGGUUGAAGAAAACGAUCCACGCGCUCAUCAACGGAGGGGCCGUGUACUACCUCAAGGAUACGAACUACGGAAAGAAUGAUACAGAACCCGGCGGUGGUUCCGGUAGCGGCAGCGGUGUGCCCUCCAGCCCCGCUGGAGGAGGAAGUGGAACCGGUCACGCCGGAGGAGCAGCCGUUAUGAGCGGUAGCGUACGGAGCAGCAGCAGCAACAGUAACACGACCACCAGCACAGCCACUAGUGCAUAAUCAGGCGGCGGCACCACCAACCCGCACUGAACGGUAUUUGGCCAUGUGAUAUUGAAAUUAGAAGGAUUAGGAUUAGAUAGUUAUCCGCGUGUUCGUCGGGAUGAAAUACGGUGACAUUGGAGAAUAUUCCACAAACG